AUGUCUCUGACCAACUGGCCCACCGGCGACAUGCGGCCAGCGUACACGAGUCUGUCGUUCAGGCUCGCGGAGCUCGUCGGGCCACACCCAUGGAAGGCGUUCCGGAGGCGAUUAAGCGCGACGAUGCUGCUCCCCGCCGUCGCAAGCGUGGAAUCAAUCAACGCCGUUGUGCACCCAAAACAACCUCUACUGGAUUGCCCGAGCCAGCUUCGACCACAUCGACUACACCAACUAGCUCUGCUGCACCAUCCACCACCCCAAAGCCAGCCAACCACAUCUAAAGCUGAACCAACUACGUCCAAAGCUGAGCCAACCACUUCCAAAGCUGAGCCAACCACGUCCGAGGCCGAGCCAACCACCACAACCCCAAGGCCAACGCCUGCCGCCACCAACGAUGAUGACAGCGGCUCGUCUUCCGGAGCUACCUACACCGGGGAAGCGACAUUCUAUGAUCCCGCUCUUGGGUCGUGUGGAAUCAAUAGCACAAACAAGGACCUCAUUUGUGCCGUGUCCCACUGUUGUAUGACGGAUUUGAAGGCUACACUGGUAGUGACCCGAACAGCAACCCUAUUUGUGGAAGGAAGAUCAAGCGACCUACGGAGGUAA